UCUCUCUCUCUCACUCUCACCACUCUACACAACACACGCCUCGCGCCGGAUCAAUUCCAGUGGCGAUUUCGAGAAACAUAUUUUUGUUUUUCACCGAUAACCUCAUCUCCUGCUACAACUGCAUUUGAGCAGUUAUGGCAUUAUCGGAUGAAGAAGGCGAGAUUGUUCCAGAUUGCGCCACUAAUUAUCUUUUGGUUGACAGCAAAGAAAAUCUCAUUUCAUUUUCAAGUCUACCUCUUAUAUGGAACGACAACGACAGUGGCCAAAGGGGGGUGACACUACCAACUGAAUCUACAUUUCUAAAGGGAGCGGUUGAUGAAGGUUGUGGACGAAUAUAUACCAGGGUUACUGCCUGGAAGUUUAUACUAUCAUGUGCCAUUCCCGAAAUUUAUGUGCUGCGCGAUUCCAACUAUGAGAGAUGGAUUAAGCUCCAAAAACCAAAUAGGGGUUAUGAAUCCAUUGCGAGAACUGCCCUCAUUACAGUUCACUGUCUCCACUUUAUGAAGAAGAGCUCCAAGGAGAUAUCCGUGGAAGACUUAUGGAAACAUCUCGGGAAGACCUUCAGUUCGUAUGAGGAUCCACCUUCUGCAAAUGAUCUUGCCGACCACUUGCAAUUGAUCAAAGAGGCUGCUCUAAGGGACAAAGAUAUUGCAAAGACUAAGAAUUUGCAUGCCUUUCUUUCUCAAAUACCUGAAAAGAGGAAAGCUUACUGUCAGGAUAAUAAGACAAGGAAGAAACCAAAGUUUAUAGUUCAUGAUGAUGAAGACAUUUAUGCCCAUAAUUAUUCAAGUGAUGAAGACCAUGAUGAUUUGUUUGAUAAUGUCUGUGCAUACUGUGAUGAUGGUGGCAAUGUAUUGGGCUGUGAAGGAAGGUGCAUACGAUCAUUUCAUGCAACUAUAGAAUCGGGUGCUGAUUCUAAAUGUGAAUCUCUUUGUUAUAGCAGUGAGCAAGUCCAGGCAAUUGAUACUUUUCUCUGCAAGAAUUGCAAACAUCAACGUCAUCAAUGUUAUAUUUGUGGGAGGCUGGGAAAUUCUGAUAGAUCUUCUGGGGCUGAGGUCUUCCCUUGUGUCUCGGCAACAUGUGGGCAUUUCUAUCAUCCAGACUGUUUAUCAGAGCUGCUCUUCCCCAGAAAUGACUAUCAAGCUCAAGUAUUUAAAAAUAAAAUAAAAGCUGGAGAUUCAUUCACAUGCCCUGCUCAUAAAUGUAAUGUUUGUAAGCUAGGAGAAGAUAAAAAGUUACCUGAGAUGCAAUUCGCAAUAUGCAGACGCUGUCCAAAGGCAUACCACCGUAAAUGCUUGCCAAGUUCUAUAUUGUUUCAUCGAGAUGAUGCCAAUAACAUCCCUCAAAGGGCUUGGACAGGUCUUUUGAACAAUCGAAUCUUGAUAUAUUGCAGGGAUCAUAAAAUCUGGCGUAAAAUUCUCACUCCGCGAAGGGAUCAUUUGCUAUUCCCAGAUGAUGAUGAUGGAAAAAUAGGGCAACAUUCUACAAGGAGUAAGGCAUUUGGAAGUCUACUAGAUGAAGAUAAAGUAGAAAAAAAUUCCAAAGGAACAUCUGGUGAUAUUUUGAGUGGUGAUCCUAUAAAUAAAAAUAGGAUAAAUCAACCUGGAAUUGUUUCAAAACAGAACUUGAGUUCAAGCAGGAUAAAUGUUGGUCAUCCUGGAUGCAGAAAUCUGGAGCAGCCUUCCACGAUCAAGAACAACCAGAUAUGUGGUAAGCGGAUGUCAAUAUCAAGUAUGACAAGAAUUCCUGAAAAGGAUGCAGCUGAAAAUCCCCCGACUGGAACUGCUGCAACUUUGAGAACUGCAGAAAUGAAAAACCGGAUACACAAAUUAAUGGAAGAUUCUGUUUCUUCCUUUAACAAGGAAGAAUUUCUUGCAGACCAAAGGAGGAAAUGUUCGCAUGAUUCCUCCACAUAUUUCCAAGUUAAUAAGACAAUAACCUUGGGAAAGAUAGAGCUCUCGGUGCAGGCUAUCCGUGGAGCUCUACAGAAAUUACAUGAAGGAGGUACUGUUAAGGAUGCAAUGGAUGUUUGCGAGCCUGCUAUUCUUACUCAGAUAAUCAAAUGGAAGAAGAAGCUAGCUGUCUAUCUUGCUCCAUUUAUCCAUGGUGUGCGUUAUACCUCUUUCGGUCGGCACUUCACGAAUGUAGACAAGCUAAAGCAGGUUGUAAAUCGGCUGCGUUGGUAUGUUCAAGAUGGUGAUAUGAUUGUCGAUUUCAGCUGUGGAUCAAAUGAUUUUAGCUGCUUUAUGAAGGAAGAACUCGAUAGCAUGGGGAAAAGGUGCUACUUCAAAAAUUAUGAUAUCAUACAGACGAGGAAUGACUUCAAUUUCGAGAAAAAGGAUUGGAUGACUGUUGGUGCGGAAGAAUUAUCUGAAGGGUCUAAACUGAUCAUUGGCCUAAAUCCUCCUUUCGGAGUCCAAGCAUCCCUUGCAAACCAAUUCAUAAACAAAGCUCUAACUUUCAGGCCAAAGCUUCUCAUUCUCAUAGUUCCUAAAGAGACUGAAAGAUUGGACAGGAAAAAUAGUCGAUACGACCUUAUUUGGGAAGAUGACAAAAUCCUAUCUGGCAAGUCAUUUUACCUUCCUGGAUCAGUAGAUGUGCAUGACCAGCAAAUAGAACAAUGGAACUUGGACACACCGCCUUUAUACUUGUGGAGUCGACCAGAUUGGACUGGCAGGCAUAAACAAGUAGCUGUGGAGUGCAGCCACUUGAUCGAGAAUCAAGAGAUGGAAUUGUCAGGAGGAAUUAGAGCAAGUUCAGUUUCUAACUAUUUGAUGGAAGAAAAUCAGGAUUGCUAUGGUGAUUUCUCCAGUAUUGCGGCUGCAUACAAUGAUAUAAACAACAUAUUAGAAGAACUUCCUGAACCAUCAGAUGAAUUUUAAACUUGUCCUGCACUAUUUUCAUCCUACAUAUGUAGGAGGUGACCUGUCGACUGUCGUAUAGCACAAUCCUUUAUUCUGAAAAUUGUGUUGCAUCUUA